AUGAACCGUGGCAAAAUAUAUUUUGCUUUGUCAUUAUUGUGCUACACGUUACACGUACAACCAACCCAAUGUGCGGAAUAUCACUGUGUAUGGUACGGAGACUGCGGCCCUACGAAAAGUGGUUUAAGACGCACAUGCUAUUCAAACGGUCCUCCGCGACCAGUAAACAAUGCAACAGCCGAAAUGCUUCUUCGUGGAAAAUGUCCACAAUUAUUUCAAAAUAAAGACUCGCCAGAAUUAUGCUGCGACGUUGAUAAUAUUCAAACAUUAGUUACGCAACUGUCCAUGGCAGAAACAAUUUUUGGCAGGUGUCCAACUUGUAUAAAAAACGCAUACAAGUUAUUAUGCGAUUUAAGCUGCAGCCCUGAACAAAGUAAAUUUUUACGCGUCACGAAAGUGAAUAAAAAUUCAGAAGACAAAGAAUACGUAGAGGAACUCGAAGCUUACAUUGCAGAGGAAUACAUGAAUAAUACCUACAACUCUUGUAAAAAUGUCGUUUAUCCGAUAUCUGGUAAUUUAGCUAUGGAUUUAGCUUGUGGAGUUCACGGUGCUAGCAGAUGUACUCCAAAAUUGUGGUACGAAUAUCAAGGUAAUCCGGAUGAGAAUAACUUUAUAAGCUUCCGAAUGAUUUUUGUCCCCGAUAAACCCUAUUGGAACGAAACGGUGAAAUCGUGUGAGGAAACGUACGAUGGUUUAUCACCGUGUAGUUGCGUCGAUUGUCCAACGUCCUGUCCUUUACUCCCAUUAAUCCAUUACAAUCAUCGCUUCGUUAUCGGUGGACACAACGGUUAUGGAGUUAUAGCUGCAAUUAUUAUCGCUGUAGUCGCCUUGUCGUGUAUAGUUCUUUAUAUACUCGCACAGAGAAGAUCUCUCACAGAUAUAGAAUCCGAUGACGAAGAGGAAAAUACGCAAAACAAAGACGAAGCUAAAGGAAUUUCUUGCGAAAGAUUUCACAACAUGUUUCAUGUAAUUUUUACUGCUUGGGGUAAAGCAUUCGCAACACGACCGAUCAUCGUAUUGUUCGCCUUCUCCUAUAUAAUAUUGGGUCUAAGUUACGGAAUUACGUAUCUUUCUGUAACGAGUAACCCGAUAGAGAUAUGGGCAGCACCUACUAGCAGAGCUAGAAUCGAAAAAGAUUACUUCGAUUCUCAUUUUCAACCUUUCUAUAGAACUGAGCAAAUUUAUAUAAAAGCCGUGAAUCUCGAUAAGGUAUUCCAUGAUACAACGAGUGGUCAACUUGUAUUUGGUCCUAUAUUCAACAAAGAAUUUCUGCUCGCUGUAUAUGAUCUUCAGGAAAAGAUAUUGCAUCUUGGACAAGAAGACGGAGAAGGUUUGGAACGUAUCUGUUAUGCUCCUGUUAACAACGGUACCAGUCCUGUUACUUUAGACCUUUGCAUGGUGCAAAGUGUAUGGGGAUAUUUUCAAAACGACCUUGAUGUUUUCAAUAAAACGCAACUAUCGAACUCGUACGAAGUAAAUUAUUUGGAUCACUUGUACAAGUGCGCGCAAAAUGCUUAUAAUCCCGAAUGUUUGGCGCCGUAUAAAGGACCAGUUUUUCCCGCGUUAGCUUAUGGGGGAUUCCUUCGAGAAGAUGAAUUUAACUACGAUUCAAAGGAUUACAUCAAAUCGACCGGAAUAAUUUUAUCGUUUCUUGUAAAAAAUUCACUGAACGAAGAUGUCCUUGAAUCAAUAUACAAAUGGGAACAACGAUUCAUUGACUUUAUGAAAGAAUGGGACAUUAACGAGAGACCAAAAUUUAUGGAUGUCGCUUAUACUACGGAAAAAUCGAUUCAAGAUGAAUUAGAACGAUCUUCGAGAGCAGAAGCAGUAACAGUAAUUGCCAGUUACGUAUUGAUGUUUCUAUACGUAGCCUUUGCUUUAAGCGAAUUGAAAUGUUCCGUCAAAAAAUAUUUCGCAAAUAGCAAAAUAGUGUUAAGCGUCGGUGGUGUUAUCAUGGUAAUAGCAUCGGUAGCCUGUUCUCUCGGUAUAUUUGGCUAUAUCGGUGUAUCCACGACACUUUUAACGAUCGAAGUAAUUCCAUUUCUGGUACUAGCCGUGGGAGUAGACAAUAUUUUUAUUUUGGUUCAUACUCAUCAACUAAAUCCAAGACGUGCCGAAGAAUCGAUACCCGAUCACAUUGGGAGAACCUUGGCAAAGGUUGGACCGUCCAUGUUACUCACCAGUACUUCCGAAUGCUUGUGCUUUCUCAUCGGAACGAUAUCGUCAAUGCCCGCGGUAAAUACUUUUGCACUUUAUGCCUUCUUGUCCAUCUUGAUCAAUUUCUUCCUCCAGAUAACAGCUUUUGUUAGUCUUUUAGCGCUAGAUGAGCGACGAUUCAAGAAUAAAUUUUUAGACAUAUUCUGUUGUGUCAAAGUGAAGCAAAAGAAUAUCAUAAUCCAGGAAAACUUUAGUUUUGCACAUACGAUCUUUAAACGUUUUUACACUCCUUAUCUCAUGAAAACACCUGUUAGAAUAGUCGUAUUAAUCGUAUUUUUCGCUGUUCUGAUCACACACGUCAUAGUAUUACCGGAUAUUGACAUCGGAUUGGAUCAAAAACUCUCAAUGCCCGGCGAUUCUUACGUUUUGAAAUACUUUCAGUUUAUGGAAGACCUUUUGUCCAUGGGGCCACCUGUUUAUUUCGUAUUAACCCCUGGACUCAAUUUUAGUAAUAAAACGGUACAGAACGUAAUCUGUGGUGGUCAAGGAUGUAACGACGAUUCUCUGUACACGCAAAUCUAUUCGGCAGCCAAGCAGCCUGCAAUAUCAUACAUGUCGAAAGCAGCAUCAUCUUGGAUAGACGAUUAUAUGGAUUGGUCAAAGAUUAGCGGUUGCUGCAAGUACUAUAAAAAUAAUCAAUCAUUUUGUCCACAUACAGCCGUUUCGUGCGAUCUUUGCGACAUUAAUAUCGACGACUUUCGACCAAACGUACAUAGUUUUCGAAAAUACAUACCUUACUUUUUAAAAGACGUUCCAGAUCCUAGUUGCGCUAAAGCUGGUCGAGCUGCGUACCUUGAUGCGUUAAAUUAUUACACGGACGAAUACGGACUGACUAAUGUCAAGGAUAGUUACUUCAUGGGAUAUCAUACCCCGUUAAAAAAAUCAUCCGAUUGGUACGAAUCUUUGAAAUCUGUUCGAACGAUCGCUGACAAUAUUACAAUGAUGAUAAAUAACGAACAUUUAACUGACCAGAAAAUAACUGUAUUCCCAUAUAGCGUAUUCUAUGUGUAUUAUGAACAGUAUCUUACAAUUUGGAUAGAAACAAUAUCAUCAUUGGGUUUAUCUCUUUGUGUCAUCUUCGUAGUGACUCUUAUUUUAACAGGAUUAUCAUUAUUUUCGGCAAUAAUGGUAGUAUUAACCGUACUCAUGAUCAUCGUCAAUAUAGGUGGUCUUAUGUAUUGGUGGCACAUCGAAUUAAACGCAGUCUCCCUCGUCAAUUUGGUAGUGGCCGCUGGUAUAGCCGUGGAAUUUUCCAGUCAUAUUAUACAUUCGUAUUUAAAAUCCACGAAAAAUACAAGAAUCGAUCGUGCAUCUGACACGCUUAAUCAAAUGGGCAGUUCAGUAUUCUCCGGAAUUACGUUAACGAAAAUUAUAGGAAUUGGUGUACUGGCAUUUGCUAAAACCCAAAUCUUUGAAGUGUUCUUUUUUCGAAUGUAUUUCGGUAUCGUAAUCUUCGGUGCUGCACAUGGUCUAAUAUUUUUACCGGUACUACUAAGUCUCAUAGGUCCAUCGAGAUUACCAGCAAAGCGUUCUAAUUCAACGAAGAAAGAAAACAGGUUUAAAAGGUUUCUUACAAAAAAAAAUACAACAUAUUCCUAG